AUGGAUACCCUCAGGUUUUAUUUCGUGACCUGGAAUGUAGCAACUAGGUCUCCAGGUCAAGACCUCAACUCAUUACUGGAUUUUCCAUCGCAGUUUAAUAAAAACAAACCUUUACCAGAUUUUUAUGUUAUUGGAUUGCAAGAAGUUAAAUCUCAACCACAGAAUAUGUUAAUGGACAGUCUUUUCACCGAUCAAUGGACAUCAAUGUUCAAUAAAAUUCUGUGCAGACAAGGCUUUGUAGUAGCCAAGAGCAUAAGGUUGCAAGGAAUCAUCUUGAUUGUAUAUACUAAAUUGAAACAUGUAACACACCUAAGAGAUAUUGAGGCACAGUUUACUAAAACAGGAUUGGGUGGAUUAUGGGGUAACAAAGGAGCGGUGAGCGUCAGGUUUAACAUAUACGGUUGUUCGGUGUGCCUAGUAAAUUGUCACUUGGCCGCCCACGAUUAUAUGCUCGAGGAGCGUAUAAGCGAAUACAACACAAUAAUUAAAGAACACUGCUAUCACAUUGCCGAGACUUCAAACAUUUUAUAUCAUGACUACGUAUUUUGGGUGGGUGAUCUCAACUUUCGUUUGGACCAUCCUUCUGAUAGUAGUCCAUCAUCAGAGGAAAUCGUAGCUGCUUUAGAAAAAGUUGAGAAGGAUAAAUACACGUCGUUAUUAAAACACGAUCAAUUGUUGGCUGUGAUGAACAGCGGGGAAGCAUUUUCAGAAUUUAGUGAACCUGAGAUCAAGUUCCCUCCUACAUACAAAUUUAAUAUUGGGACCGACGAUUAUGAUUUGAAACGUAAACCAUCGUGGACAGACAGAAUAUUGUACAAAGUGAUAGCGAACAACUAUGAAAAUAUAACGUUGAGGGCUGAUUUGAUAUCUUACAACCACAUGCCCCACUAUAUGGUCAGCGACCACAAGCCUGUUGUCGCACAGUUUAACAUAAAAAUUCGAUCCGCUGUCCCCGUAGAGGUACCAAAAAUAAAGAAGACACAGAUACGCAUGCGUUCUGCUCUAAUACCGCCUGAGGGUGAUGCUUCAAUGGUAGAACCAAUAGCUGCCUUUUCGGCUUUAGACGAUAAUAUUGGUAUAGAUUCUACAGAACAAGAGGAAGAGUUUUCUGUUUCCUUUCAGGCGUUUUCCAACUACACAGUUAAGACGGUGGAGUUUGAUCCAAUUGUUCGUAUUUGGUACAUAGGCGAUGCCGAUUUUAGGACACAGUGUACUUUGUCUCCUGAUGUGGAAAUACAUCCUAAUGAUUGGAUUGGAAUAUACGAUGCCGAUUUCCAAAAUUUGGACAAUUACAUAGUGUACGAGUACCUCGCGAAGGUCAGCGUGGCCCCUACAGCUGCUCCGGGGACGCUUCGAAAAGUGACUCUUAGCUUCCCUGUUGGUAGUGGAGUACGAACGCCCGGCUUCUACCGGCUUAUAUACUUCAGUCAGCCUAAUAGCGAAGUCAAGAGCGUUUUAGGUAUAUCCGAACCGUUCGAGGUAAGUAGCAAAGAAGACAGGUUAGUAACAAUCGACCCCUGUGUCGAGGCGUCAACGAGUUCAUCCCCCGGUCGCUCUAAACCCUCUACAGCCACAACGGACAUAUUCACAGACUUCACUGGCCUCGAUGUAGCUAAACUUUCACGCCAUUUCUCAAACGACCUCAGUAUUGACUGACUAAAGGGUUACCUGCCUGGCUCACCGGCGAAUAGACGGAAAGCUGGCCCUUAGUUUUUAAGUAAAAUUGCAAACUGUCACAAUUUAUUUGAAGCACUCAGAAGAGCUGUCAAUC